AUGAACCCAGUCCUACUCUGUACUCAGCUCUGCUUUAUAUACAGACAGAACAGCAGCGUGUAGGAACCGGCAGGAUUGUGUACUCUAGAUGAUUCUUGGGUAUUAUUUGUAGAAGUUUCUAAAAGGAAAACCUGCUUUCCCCUUUGCGCAUAUUAGAUUGCAGUGAGUCUUGGUGGCGCACCGCCUCCUCUCCAGGACCUGAGGAAAGUCCUGCGGUGGCUCUGAUGUUUUGACCGCAGAGCUUUUUCUUUUCUUUUUUCCCCCCCUACUUCCCACCCUCUGAGCCUUCAAAUGGGGUUCAUUGCUACGUCUCAGUCACGUGGCUUCCCUCGGUGAAGGCUUUUUGCUCUCUGCGGCUCCUCGGCACAGCGAAGCGAUGCUGAGGCUGAGGUGUGAGAUGCAAUCCAGAGGCUCAGGCGCAUAGAGGCGAAGAAGUUAUGGCACGGCCAUCCUCGGACAAACAGGUCCCGCAGCAAUCCCUCUCUGUGUCAGAAAGCCCCUCAGUGGUGCCGCGCAGGUCUUUCAGGGACGCACAAGCCCGGAGCGAGAAAACGCCAAAUUACGCGUCAAAUUAAUUUCAAUCGGAGAAAAACAAGUCGACGGCAGGAGGAGAAUCCAGCAGCAGAGUUGAGUUGAGCUAAGGACGCAAUGCAACAGGCCUGCGAAGUGAAGAUAACAACUGGCUCACAGCUACACACGGUCUGAAGCUAAUCUUGAUGCAACCGUAGUUUCAAGUGCCCUUCAAUCAGCCGGAGAAUGUCGCUCAGAAAAUAGGACUUCUGAGCUCUCCCUUCACCUCCGGUGCCUUCAGGCUUUCUACCGACACAGCACAACAGUGAAAUCAAGGCCAUCAUGAACCUGUUCAGGAAGGACGUCAUGGCCACAAAGAAGGACAAAGAGAAAGACAUCCAGUAUGAAGAUCCUCCAGAUGGAGGUUGGGGCUGGAUGGUUGUGCUGCAUUGCUUCCUGGUAAAUGUCCUUGUGAUGGGCACUCUGAAGAGCUUUGGGAUCUUCUUUGUGGCCUUCCAAGACGAGUUUGGAGGUUCAGCAGAGAGCAUCAGCUGGAUCGGUUCCAUCAUGUCCAGUCUGCGUCUAUCUGGAGCACCCAUUGCCUCUAUUGCCUGUGCCAAGGUGGGAACCAGGGUGACCUCAAUCGUCGGGGCGGUUCUGGUUAGCGGAGGUUUCAUCAUGAGUAUUUUUGCCAGCAGCGUGGUAUUCCUCUACAUCAGCAUGGGAGUGAUAGUUGGAAUGGGUUUUGCACUACUAUACCAGGCCUUCUCAGUGGUCACAGCUCUGUACUUCCGAAAAAGGUUAGCAACAGCGUAUGCGAUCGGCCGCUCUGGGAUGGGACUGACCUUUGCUCUCGCUCCGUUCACUCAGCUGCUUCUGGACCAAUAUGCUUGGCAAGGGGCGAUGCUGAUUCUUGGUGGUCUCAUGCUGAAUCUGGUGGCCUCUGGGAUGCUUCUGCGACCCAUCAACGUGAAGCCGCCCGUCUCAAACCCUACCUCUUCUCCCAUCCAAAAGAGCCCUGCUGUUUCCCUCAAGAGCUCUGCAGAGAAGGAAUUCUCCAAGAGCUGCUUGAGUGGCUCCUCUCAUUUAUCCAACGGCGUCUCCAAAUCAGACUCUUUCCCUUCCCCUCCUCCAUCUCAAAAGGACUCUGAGAGUCAGGGGGGGCAGUGUACUCAGGGACCCCAGGACCAGCCAGUGAACCCUGAACUGACCAGGCUGGUCCUCAAUGGUGUGAAUGGCCACGAGCCCUACCAUGACGUGGGUCAGUGUAAACCCACAACUCCAGACAGCUCAGUGGAGCACAAUGGCAGCAUGAAUGGCUCCACCAUUGUUGGAGUUUCCUCCCAUGCCAGCAUACCGAGUGAGUCGACCGUCAGGAAAGCCAAAGUACUGGACUUCUCCUUGCUGAAAGACCCGUUCUUUUGCAUCUACACUUGGUCCUUGGUCUUCAGUCAGCUGGCCUACUUCAUCCCCUAUUUCCAUCUGUCCGCCCGAGCCAGAACCCUCGGCAUUGAUGCCAUGGAUGCUUCGUUUAUCAUCUCUGUGGCAGGUAUCACGGAGACCAUCGCCCAGUUAGCCUCAGGCUGGGUGACAGACAGGAACCUGUUCCAUAAAUAUCAUUACCACAAAGCCUACCUGAUCCUCUGUGGUUUGGUCAACCUCCUGUCCCCGCUGGCAACCUCCUACAUCCUGCUCAUGGUCUACGCUGUCUUCUUUGCCAUCUUCUGCGGCGGCUACAUGGCUCUACUGCUGCCUGUUCUAGUAGAUCUGGUGGGAUCAGACAAACUCAACAACUCCAUGGGCUUCUCCAUGUUCUUUGUGGGCCUCGGCUGCCUCACAGGGCCUCCUUUGGCAGGGUUCCUGUACGACUACACUCAGACGUACGACUGUUCCUUCUACCUGGCUGGGCUCUGCUACCUGCUGUCCUCCCUCUCGCUGUUCAUGGAGCCGCUGGCCCAGCGCUGGAAGGCCCGGAAGAAACUUUCCCACACCAAGAGGGCGGAAAGCAGCUGUAAGACCAAUGGCUGCUUCACCCCUGACCGCCUGCAGAACGGCGCUGUGUAGGAAUGAGAUCCAGAGGAACGCCUUCGAUCUCGGACCAACACGCUCACGACCACAGGCCUGGACCUCAGACUCCAGCUUACAGUCGGACCAUUCGCUUCAGCAGGACUCAGGCCGAGGCACAGACAGCUGUGACCGCAGUAACAUGAUGUCUAAGAACAUACGAUAGUCGGGACGUUGGUGAAUAGAAGAUCAUUUAAAAAGCCAAAAUUUUAGUGCUCUGUGAAACUUUAUCCUCUCUUCUUGUUCUUAUCAGCAUCAAAACUGAGAAAAGCGACACUCGGUGACACAUAUUGAGCGUAACUUAUUGAAAGAUCAACAAGUUCUGGUUCCCGAUGCGACGACAAAACUACACUGACUUUGGAUCUAAGCUAUGCAGUCGAUCUCCACUCCUCCACAACGUGAACAGAAGCACAUAUCCAUGAAGACGUUCUUUCCACCUGAUGUCUUGGGAAGCCGUUGCCUGUAAAACCUGUACUCACUGAUAUGCACUUUGGGCCAAGUUGUAAUUAUGCUGCAUGACGUUUUCUCUUUACCUUUAACUGCCAAGACAGUCGAGAUAUCGGACAACCACAUAAUUGCAGCCUGUUGGCGACAGUGUGUAAUUUGUUAGAAAAUGCCAAAAAGCCGUGAUUGCUCCCGUUGUACCAGUAACAGAAACAUGUAAUAACUAUUGUAGGCAUGUGCUAGCAUUUAACGGGUAUACUCGCUUCCAGCGACGCACACUGAUACUCUUAUAUUUUAUAUCUUUAUUAUUAAUAUUACAGCAUACUUUCAUAGGGACUCCCAAGUCAACUUUAAUCUGCGAUUUUUAAAUAUUCUCCCUCUUUUAGCUGUUUUUUUUUUUUCAUAGAAGUUCAUCUGCGGAAUGUUCCUGUCAUCUUUUCUUCUACACUUUGUUCUUUAGCUCAGUUUUUCAUAAUUCUUCUGGAGUCACAACAGACGUUUGCUGCUUUUUAGAACCUAGUGGAGCAUUUAAGGGCACUAGAAAGUUUGACUAAAGCUUCUCUCCACUUAAAUGAACCCCCUUUUUUUUUAAACCUUUACCCGGCAACUGACACUUUUAGCUGCUCACAUUCCAACAUUCAUGUCGUAUUUUUAAGCUGACAUGUGGACUGCCUUCAGCAUGUUAACGUAAGCCGACACUAACUGAUUUUACUCUUGAAAUGAACUCAGUCGCUGUCACUACUUUCACACCAACACUCAGUGAGCUGCUCUCAUUUGAGUUUCUUUUGCAAAUGAAGAUUCAACUACGGAUUCUUCUGCUUUCAGCUCUUGACAUUUAAACAGACACCUCGGCUCCUUUUACUUCACAUUACAACGUAAAUCCUGCUGACACUUGGCUUCCUUUAAUCACAUUUUAACCUGUUUACUGCGAUUGCACCUGCAAUCUUCCGCACAAGUCACAGCACUUAAUUUUCUUGGAAUUAUUCAAUCAAAACCUCAGUUGUGACCUUUUUAAAUACCACAACUAUAAACUACCUUCAUCCUUUUGUGGAUCACUAAUGAUAAGACACUUUUUUUUUCUUGACCUGUUAAACUUGGCAGCACCUGCAGAUGAGAUGAUGGUCACGCCGAGCUCAUUGUUCCUGAGCUGUUCUAUGCAAGCACACACGGAGCGGCAGAUUUGUUUCAUGGGAUUAACACGCACACGUUUUAACUGUAGCAAAUGCACCAGCUCCUGACAGAAGAAAAGGCCUGUUUAGUUGAGGUUUUCUACCACAUUUCGAUGGCAGUCGGAUCGAACAGCAGGGUUUUCUAUGCGUUUGUGUGUGUGAUUAAGUGUUGCUGCGUGGGCCUCGUGUGUCUGUAAAUCUCUGACCAACUGCGUUGAUGGAGUGAUGAACAUAAACCCCAUGUGGGCCGUUUAAAACCAGACUCUACAGUGCCUGCAGGCGGCCAGCUAAUGGCAAUGCAACUUAUAAUGAUAUUGUGUUUAUACGUGGGAGUCUGUUGGUUUUGUCGAAUCUUUUUUAUAUUGUAGAGAUUUUUGUGUUCUCAGUGGAUUCCUUGUUUUUCACCACUGUUUGCCUUACAAGGUCAUGUAUCUUUUACUAACUUUCCAGUAAUGUCAGCCAAAGAUCACGGUAGAAACCUACAACUUGAAGCUUAUUAGCAUUAAAAUAAUGUGGACGAUGUUUGUAUUUUCAGCCACUGGGGCCAUCAGUUACUCAACAGCUUAGCAGUCUUAACUCCAGUGACGGAUUCGCUUUGUUAUGCUGCCCUCUAGUGGCAGAACGAGGCUUCUACUCAAAGAAUGCUGUGUCAAUUAGUACCAAAUUAUUCCCCCUCAGCUCGCUUUCACAAUACUGAGCAAGGCUCUUUGUAUUGUUUCUAUAACGACAAGUCAUGCACAAAAGCUCUUCUGGCUCCUGAGCUGCAUUCACCACCAGAAUGCUUUUGUGAUUUAGGGCCACUGAAUAUUUUGUACCAUAAUAAAUCUUUUAUGAACAACUA